AUGCCAUUGGAAACGGACCGAUGGGCUGAUGCAGCUUAUGCUUACAUCACCAACAUGUCCUGCCAAGAUGCUAUUCUGACGACCGAGGAAGAUUGCCGACAACUGACAUCAGUCCCAAAAGCCGAGAUGAACUUCUAUUCUGCGCUGCCGACAUCAGAGGGGAAACUCUUGGCCGUGCUACCCGAUGGACCCUUGAACCGAGUGGGUGCCCAUGACGCUGUACUGGUGCUCGAUCCGUACCCGAAAGCCAACCUAGGACAUCUUCUGGUGGUAUUCUUCGCGGAUGUAGGAUGGACGGAAAUGCAAUGUGAGCUCAAUGGUGGAAGGUACAUAGGUAACAACGUCUGCCUGACCCUGGCUCUCAGGAAGCGCUGCCAUAACCGACUGUUGGAAACGAAAUGGAAGCUGAAGUACCUGAGCAAGCAAAAUCGCAACAAACAGUGCGAGAUCAAUUUCUUCCCUCUCGUACAUGUGGCUGGGGAGAUGCCGUCGCAGAGAAGGCAGCGCCUGCAGUGCCGACACUACUUGAGAGGGUUUGCCGCCUGCCCCUCUCUGCGCCCCCGCAACGAGACGUCCACCUUACUGUGCGAUCCCUUGCAAACGAACAAGUACGGAUGCAGCAUUACUGGACAGACGAUCAGCGUCCGCUGCCGCCUCUUCGAACGCUGCGACCACGCCGUUUUGCUCUCAGGAGGUUGGGACGGUUUGACAGAUCGACCACUCUUCCGAGAAAACGUCCUCGGCAUGUACCAGGCACUGGAAAAGAACGGAUUCCCCGGCGGUAACAUCAAAGUAUUUUAUUCCAACGGAAACAUCGGACUAGAAGAAAAUGACAACAGCCGUCCUCAAGAGCUCUAUCCUGCAGCUUUUAAGCUUCCUAUUCGAUACCACAUCAGAAAGAUCUGUCAAUCGCUGCACUGUGCUGAUUCCUUCGUUAUUUACUUAAACAGCCCCACCAAGAGUGACGGAUCCAUGUUUCUGUGGGACAUCGAUGGAAAUGGACAAGCUGACGAAAACGAAAUUUACUCCGUCAAGGAACUACUGUACGACCUACAGGACUGCGCAGCGCAACAGGUUUACAUCAUAGCCGACCAGAGCUACUCAGGGCAAUUGGUACAUGCUUUGGAACGCUCGGACAGACACGAGAAUGUCAUCGCUUUCGUCAGUGGCGCAGAACACGAGUACUCCUGGAACGCAGAAUAUACCUCCAAGUGGAUCGCUCAAGCAAGUGGAACCCGCCACACAGACACCUGUGUUGGGGACAUGUAUGAGGCGCUGAGAAAUCAAAUGAAUUCAUCCAAUCCAAUAACGUUCGAUGGCUCCAAUGGAACCAUCAACACAACUCUAUUUGGAGCGCCGUGUGACGUACGUCCACCCUUUACUCAACACGAACUCCUAAAAAGCUUUUUUGGUUGCCAAAACUUACCAACAAGCAUUUGGCUAAGAAGGCGUAGGACCUUUGAAGAGGAAACUGAAGACGAAUAA